CGCAUCUCUGACGUACUUCCGGGGCGUCGGAACAGGGCGGCCGCGGGAGCCGCACGCCUGGAAGAUGGUGGUUACUAGGUCUGCGCGGCCUCGGGCCGGGAACCAAGCCACGUCAGUUGAAAGCUCGCGGAAGAAGAAUUCUGUUGUCACAAGACUUCAAGUGCACCCAAAAGGCAGGAAGGGGUCUUCACCUGAUAACCCAAAUACUGCUGAAUCACAGACCACUCCAGAACGAAGUCCAACUCCUAAAACCAGGAAGAGUGGAACUACAGGCUCAUUACCAGAAAUGAACAAAUCUUCGACAGAUGGCGAGAUCUCUGAAGCAGAGUCAAAUUGUUCUUCUGUGUCUGAGGUCCAGGAUCCUAUUUUCAGAGUAACUAGGAGAAGACAGAUCUUAGUUGCAGGCACCCCAGUUUCUAGUGUAAGGAAAAGGCUGAAAAUAACUCGGGUAAGUGAGUCUCAUACUGAAGAAGAAGUGUCUGAAGCAGAAUCACAUGUUUCAGGUAUUUCUAGAAUUAUACCUGGCACAGAAAUGACAACCAGAAGAAGUAAGGCUAAAUCCCAAAGAGAGCCAAAGCAAGAAUGCCAUGUGGAAGUUAUUUCUGACGCUGAGUCAUCGUGCUCAGACGUUUCUUCAUUUAAUGGAAUUGCAACUAGGAGAACAACAAGGAGUAUGCAAAGGAAAUUACAGGCACAAACUGAGGAGAAUGAUACUAAGAUUGUACUAGAAAAUGAGAAGGAAAUCACACAUACACCUGUGAAUUUAGAGGAUUCAGUUAACAGACGAACUUCUCGUUUACUAGCAAGAUCACUUUCUCAGAUAAAUAAGCCAAAUUUCUCUAAUAAUGAAAUUUAUAAUGACCCUGAUGAUGAUUCCGUCUUUGGAAUCUCAGAAAAAAAACUAGCAGUGAAAAAAACCCGAAAUUUUACCAUAAGAGAGGAAAAGCAGGACAGUAUUUCACCUCUCAAAGAAAUAUCAAAGCAGAAUUGUAAAAGUUUAGAUGAAGAAGCCAAAAAAAUAAUAGUUGGGGGAAAAGAAGGUAAUGAGAAGAACUCUCAGUUGAAGAAUCUUUCUGAACUUCAGGACACUGGCCUUCAGCAGUUAGUUUCUCAAAGGCAUUCAACCCCUGAAAGUAACAAAACCACAUCAGAGUCCACAACUCUGAACUGUGAGGCUGUGAUGAAAUCAUUAGCUCAAACAUUUGCCGUUGUGAAAAUGGACAGAUGGAAUGGAGAGAGAAAGAAUGCCAUAAAAACAAGUGACAGUUCAGAACCUGGUGAUGAUAGUGAUAGUGAUGAAGAAGAGUGCACAGUUAUAGGUGUCAGUGAAGACAUGAGCGAAGAAAAGGAGGUAGAUUCUGAGAGUGUUACCAAACCAAGUAAACUUGAGUUCAACACAACUCAGGAUAAAGAUGAUUCUGUUUUGUUAGUUCUCAGCAGUGAUGAAAGCCAGCAGUCUGAACACAGUGAGAAUGAAGAGGACACUGUGUGUUUUGUUGAAAAUAAGGGUAACAAAGAGUCCCUAAAUGGAGACUCAGAAAGUCUGUCACGUGACAAUGCAUUGUUUGUGAUUGACACUACUCCCGGAUUGAGUGCUGAUAAAAAUUUUUACUUGGAUGAAGAAGACAAGGCAAGUGAGGUUGCCAUUGAGGAGGAGGAGGAGGAGGAGGAGGAAGAAGAAGAGGAAGAAAGUGAAGAAGAACUAUCAGACCAUGACAGAAAUAAAGAUAAUGAGUUUAGUGAUGAAGACAACUUGCUAAGUAACACAAAAUUUAAACUUCUGAAGUUGACGAGCAGCAGCAUAGAUCCUGGACUGAAUAUUAAGGAACUGGGUGGUUUGUAUAUUAAUUUCAAUGCAGACAAGCUACAGUUGAACAAGAGAACCCUAACACAGAUAAAAGAGAAAAGGAAAGAUGAGCUUCUGCAGAAAACUGUCAUUACUCCUGAAUUUGAAAAAAACUACUGUGUCCCACCAUAUAGUGAAUCAAAAUAUAAACUUCAGAAAAAACGCAGACAAGAGCGACAAAAAACAGCAGGUGAUGGAUGGUUUGGUAUGAAAGCGCCAGAACUGACAGACGAACUGAAAAAUGAUCUCAAAGCACUGAAGAUGAGAGCUAGCAUGGACCCAAAAAGGUUUUACAAGAAAAAUGAUAGAGAUGGCUUCCCUAAGUACUUCCAGAUUGGAACCAUAGUUGACAAUCCUGCUGACUUCUACCAUUCACGAGUUCCCAAGAAACAAAGGAAGAGAACUAUUGUGGAGGAACUGCUGGCUGAUUCUGAGUUCAGAAGAUACAACCGAAGGAAGUACUCAGAGAUAAUGGCUGAAAAGGCAGCAAAUGCAGCAGGAAAGAAGUUUCGAAAGAAGAAGAAGUUCCGUAAUUAAGAUUCACCAAGCAAAUCACAAAAUUGUACAUCUCCUCUUUAUUUAUUUACUAAAGAUAAUUUAAAAAUUAGCAAGACCGUCACAUAAAGUAACAUAGACUGGCACUAUUGGGGGGAUUUCUCUUUAAAAAAUUGAUUUGAGAGAGAAUCAGUCACUUGCCACAUGGAAUAAAAAUAGGUGUGUCUACAAAGAUCCACUCAUGUUUAGACCCUUUGAGGAGGGAAAAAAGGAAAAGAACCUCAAUCAAAAUAUUUAGAAAAUAUAAAGUUUGCUGACAUUCAAAAAAUUUAAAGUAGUAUUUUCAAAGAUACAUAAGCAAAACUGUAAUUAUUAUGUAGAGAUGUACAUAGGGAGGAGAUGAUGCCCUAUGUCAGUUGCACAUUCAAAUCCAGAAAACUGGUAAAGCUGUGAUACAGAGAUCUUGUUGCAAGUAUAAAAGUCACAGUUGAAAUCAAAGAAAUGUUACAAGUGUUGGAGCAUGUUUAUGUUAAUAUAUGACCAAAGAACUAAAUGAAGCUAUGAAAAGGACUUAAAAGAUAGACUACUUGGAAAGUUUGGGUUAAAGGUAGAAACAGGAAAGGUAGAAACAGGUUAAAGGUAGAAACAGGAAAGAAACAGUUUCUUUCCUUAGCAACUGAAACAGGAAGAAAGAUAGAUUUUUAUCCACAUUCAAUGUUGUAUUCCAGUGAAUAGUAUUCAAAUUCCAGUGAAUAGUAUUCAAAUAAUUUUAACUUGGCCAGGAGGUAAAGUCUCCAGUGACAGAAAUAUGCAUCCUGGCUAAGCAACUCAUGACACCCAAGGAACACUAGUCAUUUCUAUUCAUGCUUCUUGGUGGCUUAUUGCUUCCUUUAUGUCGUUAUUCACAGGACCUCUAUUUUCUACCGUACUGCUUUCUUGGGAUUUCAGUAAAUAAGAAACUUCCUAUUUUGUGUUUAUUGCUCAGGAUCACAAUCAGCCUAGUAAUAAAACUAAAUGACAUUUAUAGGCAGAGUGAGGGAAGCAUCUGUAUCUGUUCAUUUUUAUAGUAAAACUUUUAUUUCAAGAGUA